UUAUUGUUAACAUAACCUCUAAAUUAAUAUCUUGAAAGUGUGUUUAUUGUUGAAUUGUUUUAACCUAAUAUUUUUAUUUGAUUGAAUAUAAUUAAUGUAUUAUAGUAAAUAAGUAAUAUUUAGCGGCAUAAGCCUUUUAUAAUUGUCAACAAAAGUAUUGCUAAUAAUUUACGAUAUGUCGUCCUGGAAAAAAGCAUCCAAAAUCAACCAAAAAACACACAGAGAAAGGCACCAACCUGAAUCACGUAAAAGUCUAGGGCUAUUAGAAAAACAUUCUGAUUACAAGAAACGAGCAGAAGAUUUUCAAGAAAAACGAAAAACCAUAGCAUUACUAAAAAAACGAGCACAAAAUAGAAAUCCCGAUGAAUUUUACCAUCAUAUGAUUCGAUCAAAAGUCGAAGAUGGAAUCCAUAAAGAAGAUGUUACAAACGAAGAAGAUACACCUGAACAAAUUAAGUUAAUGCGUAGUCAAGAUUUAAAGUACAUAACACAUAAACGAGUAUUGGAAGCAAAUAAAAUAAAAAAAUUACAAGCUCAGCUUCAUUUAUUAGAUACGGCUAAUAAAACGAAAAAUUCUCAUAUCUUUUUUGUUGACGAUGACGAAGGAAAGAAAAAAUUUAACCUAGCAAAGCAAUUAGAAACACAUCCCGAUUUGGUUGAUUAUAAAAUUAAUCGGCCUUCUUUGAAAACGCUUGAAGAAGUAGAUAUAAAUAUAGAUGAAAUUAAUGAGAAAGCAAUUAAAGAAAAAGAAAGUUUGUAUAAAGAACUUAAGAAGAGGAUUCUUAGAGAAAAGGAAUUAGCAGUUAUACAAGAUAAAUUACAAUUAAAGAAAAAUUUACAAGAAAAGAAACAUAGAAAACCAGUAAAAGUUAAAGAUGGCUCAAAUUCUAAUUCAGCCAGUUAUGUUUGGGCAUACGAACGUAAACGAUAA